AUGAACAAUGGUUCCAAGUACGCGCGAAAAAAGAUCAGUUACGUCGCCAGAUGGCUGCUAUACCAAAUCCAUACCCUCUUCCUCUUCACCUGCAGUGAUUUCAAGACCAUUGUCGUGCCCAGCACAAUUUUCGGCUUUUUUAACUCCCUCGCAGCCGGCGCGUAUGGCUUAGGUGCGAAUACACCGUUUUCUACCGAUAUAUUGCUCAAUCGAUUGCCCCGGACACUACUUUGGGUGAGCUUGGUUUUCAUUCCGUUUUCGAUUAACAACCAACGCACACCAUCGGCCAUUCAAGAAGAUGAAAUCAACAAACCCUGGCGUCCGAUACCCCAGCGACGAAUCACCCCACUACAAGCACAAUGUGUCAUGUGGGGUUUCGCGGCCCUCGUGCAGAUUCACGGUCUCAUCAGCAAUGGAAUCGGGCACCGCCAGUCCACAUUCCUUCUCGUCCUUGAUAUCUGGUAUAAUAACUUCGGUGGAGCAGACAAUAAUCCUGCGAUUCGGAAUGGUAUCAACGCUUUAGGAUAUCUGUGUUUUAUCUCCGGAGCCCUUGAGGUUGCUCUAUGGGAAAUCCUUCCGUUCCCUUUCCAGAACCCUCUGGGCAAAACACGCCCAGAAUUUCAACUGAUGCAGUGGCUGCUUAUAAUUGCAGGAAUAAUCUUCACCACCGUACAUCUGCAAGAUCUGUACGACCAAAAGGGAGACGCGGUACGUGACCGCCACACCAUGCCCCUAGUGUUUGGGGAUGGGCCUGCGAGGUGGACCAUUGCAGUCCCAAUGAUAGUUUGGGGUGCCGUAUGUCCACUUUUUUGGAAAGUGAGCACUGGUCUCUUCCGUUUUAGCCUUACCCUGGCCUAUAUUGUUGCAGUACGUGUACUCACUAUCCGAGAUGAAGCCGGCGAUCGGGCAACAUUUCGGGUCUGGAACUGCUGGAUUGCUACGAUUUAUAUUAUGCCCCUCUUCUCCCACUUGAGUUGA